AUGUUUGCAAACAACAUAGGUGCUAACAGCUUCUUGUUUACCGGUAACAAUUCAAAUCUCAUCACUAGCAAUCUUUCGCUGCUAUCUGGAAGUUUUACAACUGAAAAAGUAUCAACGACAAAAAACGAAACGAAAAAUGAGGUCAUUGAUCAGUUAAAACUUAGGUCAAGUUUUGUGGGGAUGAAACGUGGCUGCUUAAUGGAGCCUGACGUGUGUGAAGCUGCUUCCUCUUAUUGUUUUGGAGUCAAAUGCCACUGCAAGAGAGACAUUGACGAAUGCAGCUCCAAUGCCGCAAAGUGUGCGAAGAACGUUUCCAAGUGUGUCAACACGCCUGGAGAUUACACCUGCACCUGUUUCCCAGAGCAAGACAAACUUUCCGAUCUGAAGGUAAUUCAUCCUCCGUCUAAGAAAUCCACCUUGAAACAAAAACCUUCAAAAAUUUUUAAUAACAAAAAUAAAACAACUGUUAACAAAGGCAGAAGUAGUAAUAGUAGCAGCGGCAUUAACAGCAGCAGCAGUGGUAGCAACGGUGGCCAUAGAGUUGGAAUGAAACACAAAAUAAAUUCAAAAUAUAAAUUAACGAGAUCUGAAUUUAUGACUCAACGCGUACUCCUACCAAAAGACAAAAGACCCAUUGAGCCGCCGCGUAAAAUAAAAACACUCUACAACAUGCUGGAAGCCGCCAAACAAAAAGUAGCCGAUGAAAAGGCAGCCGAACUUGCAGUUUUAUUUGGCGUAAAAAAGACUGCUUCCACCAGAGCUGCAGGUGCAACUAGGACCAGCCACAGUUCGGCAACAAACACGUCCAGUGGUACGGUUCGAAGUAGCAUAAAAAAUAGCAGCGGUAAAAAUAGAUAUACCGGUCAAAGAAGUAGCGACAGUUUUGCCGUUAGUGGUGUCAGUAGUGGCAGUGGUGGCAGCAAUUACGUCAGUAGUAGCCCUAGCGACAUCAGCCUGGAUGACAACAGUAUCAAACAAACUGGUUAUCUAGCGAGUGGUAGUAGGGUCAAGAGGUUUAAUAAUUUGCGAAGAGGGAAAAAUAAUUUAAAACCUGAAAAUAUAGCAAUAGGUGACGUGAGCAGAAGUGUCAGCAACAUUUCUAGUGACGUAAAAAGCAGAAGUACAAGUAUUAAAGUUAAAAGUGAUCAAAAAGCCCUAAAGACCAGUGAUGUGCGACUACUCAAUGUUCAGUCCGGUAAAUUUAAUGAUGGGGAAACUAAAGAAAAUAAUAUCGGAAAUAAAUCAGUUCACAAACAGGAAAGUGGUAAAAAUUAUGGAAAGAAGCAAAACAACGGUGGUGGAUAUGGGGUUAAGGGACGUAGUCUUCAAACUUCUAUGAAAAAAGUUGAUAGCAGUGAUGACCAUCAUCACAGAUGUCUACUCAAGCCUAACAAGUGCAACGAGAAUAGUUCGAUAUGCGUUCUUGAUGGCUGCCAGUGUUUAGCAGGAUUCCGAGAGGUACCUGGCAACCUCUACGCCUGUGAAGACAUUGAUGAAUGUGCGGACGGCGAGAGCCUGUGUGACACACGCUUCUCCACAUGCCUCAACAUUCCGGUCUCACCAUGGUCAGUGCGGACAGUGAUGGGCAGUGUCUGUUUGGUCAUUUCAGUGCUGGCUCUCUUCAUUAUUCUUCUAAUUUUCGGUCUGAGGCUCAAACACGACAGCGAGAAGAGCGUCUACUCGAAGAAGUUUCGACUGAAGAAACUGAGAGAAGCCAAAGACAGGAAAGAAUUUCUAAAAAUCUUCAAAGAAAACUCCCUCCUAAUUUAUUACCAGGCCAGUCUCGGCUACAGGAGCGCCAGGAAAGUAGAGAAGGAGUUGGUGGAGAUGGUUAAAAUAAUGGAGGAGCGCAACAAGACGAACUUAAGCAGGUCCGAUCGCUAUCGAGAUGGGCGGGAAAAUGUUUCCAGACCAAAUCAAACCACAAAAUUAAAGACGGACGAUUAUAACAUCAAGGAAGAAGAGCAAAUCAAGUCGGUCAUCUGGCUGCUAGAGAAGAUGAAAAAAAUAAAUGAAAGAAAUUUAAAGAGGAAGAGAAGGAAGAAGAAGAGAUGGAGUGAUAGUGCUGGUCACGAUGCUGGUGGAGGUGAUGGUGAUGCUGGAAAUGAUGAUGAUGUUGAUGAUGAUGAAAGUGUGGUCCUACUGAAUGAACAUGAAGGGGGGAGAACAAACUAUCGCUGA